AUGAAGCUCGUCCGGUUUUUAAUGAAAUGCCAAAAUGAGACGGUGACCAUUGAGCUGAAGAAUGGCACCACCGUCAACGGCACCAUCGCAUCCGUGUCCCCCCAAAUGAACACCGCCUUACGCACCGUCAAAAUGACCAUGAAGGGCCGCGACCCCAUGGCGCUCGACACCAUCAACGUCCGCGGUUCCACGAUCCGAUAUAUCGUCCUCCCGGACAGCUUACCGCUCGACACCCUCCUCGUCGAUGACACGCCGAAACCGAAGAACAAGGCGCGGAAGGAGCAGGGCGAUCGCGGACGCGGGAGAGGAGCGCCUCGGGCAGGCGGCCGUGGAAGGGGACGAGGCCGGGGCCGUGGCAGAGGGUUUUAG